AUGCUUUCGCGGUUGUUUGCGACCCUGUUCUUAUGGGCACUGGGGAUCAGUGUGGUCGUUGCGAGCGAUGAGCAUACUGCCGACAAUGGCGCUGAUAGGAGGGUGCCGCCUUACCUAGACUCGGAUAUUCAUCAUCGCUGGUUUGACUUUGGAGGAGAUGCGAUCAUUCGCACCGACCAAUAUGUCCGUCUUACAGCUGAUCGCCCAUCUCAACGAGGCUGGCUUUGGUCGCGAGUGCCUUUAACUGCGACAAAUUGGCAGUUAGCGUUUUCAGCCCAAAAGUUGACUCUUGCCCGCCUUGUACAGAUUGAAUUCGAAUUCAAGAUUCAUGGCGAUGGUAGCCUUCACGGAGACGGCUUUGCGCUCUGGCUUACCAAGCAGCGCGCAACUUCCGGUCCAGUCUUUGGAUCGGCUGACAAGUUCGAGGGCCUGGGAAUCUUUUUCGAUACCUAUAAGAAUGGGCGAACAGGCGUUUCCUUUCCCCAGGUCAUGGCCAUGAUGGGGGAUGGCCAGACGGCCUAUGAUGCGGCGUAUGAUGGCAGAGCUAAUGACAUCGGUUCCUGCUCGGCACGUGGGCUUCGAGGGGCUUCAAUUCCCACAAAAGCUCGUCUUACUUACUUUCAGGACAAAUAUAUUUCGCUGGAUCUCCAAUAUAAGUCCGAUCACACCUGGACCCCCUGUUUCAAAAUUACUCCAAGCAACGAGGUAUCUAUUAAAAUACCUUCUAUUGCUUACCUAGGUUUUACGGCGGAAACCGGAGAGCUAAGCGAUAACCACGAUAUCAUAGAGAUUAACACUUAUUCUAUGUAUUCGCAACCUCAAGCUGCUCCCUCCAGUGACGGAAAGAAGGCCAAAUCAAAGAGUACAUUCGGAACUGGCGGGCAAGAGUCAGGAGGAAGCUGGUUUUGGACCUUGUUCAAACUUUUGAUGUUCUUGGCUCUGAUUGCGGGUGCCUAUGUUGGUUGGACGGCAUACAGAACCAGCCGACACGGCUCAAGGUUUUGA